GAAGUCAGACGCCAGCUCCCGACCAAUAGGCACACUGAUGAGCGGUGACAGCAGCGCCAUUUGCAUAUUGGCGAGGAGACUGGCCACUUCCGUCAACAAGAGCCCCGCGCGCCCCAUGCAGAGGGUGAGGGACAGUCAUGCCAUUUCUGGGUCAAGACUGGCGUUCUCCAGGCUGGAGUUGGAUGAAAACAGAAGAUGGAUGGAAAAGGUGUGAAUUUUAUUGUGAUGAUUUUGAAAGAAAUAACAAUAUUGAUCUCCAUCUAUUAAAUAUAGAUGACAGAGACACCUAUACCUCCGAAGAUUGCGUACUUUCUAGCAAUAAAAGGAUAAAGGAGCAAUUCAACAACACUGCAAGAUCACAAUAUUAUUACAGAGAAAAAUGGAUUUGUGUGCAGAAAGAGAGUACACGGGAAAGACAUGGAUAUUGCACAUUGGGUGAAGCCUUUAACCGUUUAGACUUUUCAAGUGCAAUACAGGACAUCCGAAGAUUCAACUAUGUUGUCCGGUUGCUUCAGCUGAUUGCAAAGUCUCAACUCACAUCACUGAGUGGUGCAGCCCAGAGGAAUUAUUUUAACAUAUUGGAAACAAUUGUUGGAAAAGUUCUGGAAGAUCAAUACAACCCGCGUUUAAUACGAGAGCUUCUUCAUGACCUAAGUUCCACCCUGUGCAUCCUCAUUCGGGAGGUUGGCAAAUCUGUACUGGUCGGAAAUAUCGACACCUGGAUCUGUCGCUUAGAAACCAUUCUUUCAUGGCAGCAACAACUUAUGGACCUUCAAAUGAAUCCGCAACUCGGCGAUGGCCUUACCCUGUGUGAUUUACCAAUGCACAUGCAGAGCAAUAUAUUGUACAGGUUUUCUGAUGCCUGGGACAUAAUCAACCUGGGCCAAGCAACACCGACGUUGCAUGUUCUCAGUGAAGACCGCCAUCUCUGGAAAGAGCUCUGCAAAUAUCAUUUUACUGAGAAAAUGUUUCGGAAGCAUCUGAUCUUGACAGAAAAUGGUCACGUUGACUGGAAAUUAAUGUUCUUCACACUACAAAAGUACUAUCCAAAAAGGGAACAGUAUGGAGACACAUUGCACUUCUGCCGUCAUUGCAGCGUUCUGUUUUGGAAGGAUUGCCAGCUUGCCCUUUUAUUUAAGGACUCAGGACACCCCUGCACGGCUAAUGAUCCAGGCAGCUGUCUCAUGCCGGUCUCUCCCCAGCACUUUAUUGACCUCUUCAGAUUCUGAGUACACAUCAUUGUUCCUCUGCUCGCUCUUGUUUUGUCGUAACGCACUCUUUUGUGUCUUCAUGAUUCAGAAUUAGUUUGUGUUGUUUUUUUUUAAGGGACUCCUUCAAUAGCUGUAUAAAUGUUUGUGGAAACUGCAGCUUUGCUGGAUAAUGGUACAGUUGGGAAAGACCAAAUAUUUUAUUGUUUUUUAUAUAAUUAUUUAAUUAUUAUUAUUAUUAUACCUGUUUUAUUGCUUCUAGUGUCCUCUGAAUUCACGUUAUAAUUUGUGUAUGAAAGUAGUAACAAAGGAUUUGUACUGUAAAUACAGGGUUUUACAAGCCUAAUAUUGCACACUUAUUUGUCUUGCUCGUGCACUUUUUUUACUACCGGUUUUUCAGCGACAGUUGUAUUUUUCAGGGUUACCUUUGGUUCCUAAAGGGGCCAUUUAUUUCCUUCCUCCUUAGUCCGUUUGUACAGGAACAUUGCUAUCUGCAGGUGGUCUCAGUCAGGAUAUGUAGCACUUUGACCCAUCUCUGGCAGUUUCUUGGUGAGAAGUCAUCACAACCCCAGGUAGUACCUCACUGAUAUGUUCCCUAAAAUCUGGCAUUAAAGAUCUGUAUGCCUUUAUCCUACGCAUUAUUACUUCUCAGAAUUCUACAGGAGCAGCGCUGUACAGGUAGCCGGUAACUGCCAACAGAAGCAUCACUGACUCCUGAUUUACUAAUGGCCUCACUAUUGAUCAGUUGGAAUCAGCCACUCAGAACAUUUUAGGAUAGUGGCCUCUUUGUGACUGGGAAAUAGAGUCUCUACAUGGGCUGGGCCGGUUGCAGCCCAUCUUCUCUACUCUCUUGCUUAUAAGUGUGAGGUCAACAUACUGAGUAUUUCAUCCUCCAAGUCCUAUGUAAGAUUACAGUGUCCUGCGCUAAAAUAAAUCUAGAAUCAGAACCAACAUUAAGUUUAGACUAAUAUUUGCAUGUUUAAAGAACUGCCUCCAACUACUUUUCUCCCACGUCCACAAAUAUACAGACUGAUUCAGCAGUCCCACACGAUUCUACCUGGUUGGGAGAUUCAUUCUAUUAGAACUCUGAGCAAACUCAGUGCAAAAAUGUUAUAUGGUUUAUGUGCUUCAGGAUCCUAAAAUUUGAAACUGAAAUUUGUUCCCACAUGUGCUUUUUUCAUUGAAAAUAAAAACAAACUUUUUUUUCCUUCUUUUCAAACUUAAACACGUGUUUCCGUACCCUUUUGCUUAGGAUUUGAAAAAUCCCAUGAGGGUAUUUAAUCACUAUUCCCUGCAGAGACGUGAAGCAGAAGGUAGGGAAAAAUGUGCGCAGUUAAAACCAGAGGUGCAGCCUAAAUAUGCGUGAUACAGUGUACAUCCAAAAAAACACUUAGAGCAAUAUAUAGAAAUGGAGAGACACGCAUACACAAGGCGCUCAGAGGUUAAAAUAGUACACCACAAUAAGAGCUUUAAAAUAUAUAAUCACCCCACUAUUUCCAGAGAGGGCAGGCUUGCAAUCUAGACUCAGAUUUUCUUAAUUCCCCUUUCUCAAUAGGAAUCUAGAAAAACACAGACGUGACUACCUCCACAUAACAUGUGUUUGAGGUAGAACACAAAGAAUGCAAAAGAUAGUGUAAUAGUCCUUUUAUAGAGGGUAAUCUUCUGAAUAAAUCAAUGCACUUACAAACAUAUGUUAGUAAACAGCGUGUUUCAUGAUCCCAUACGGCAAACUGCUUGUCAUCCAGCUGAGGAUAUCUAGGCAGAGAUCUGGAUCGAUGUAUAGAUCUAAGAAAUAAAUGCGACUACCUCCACAUAGUAUGUGUUUUGAGGUUUGAGGCACAUAAAGAAGAGAUAGUGCAAUAAUCCUUUUAACAUGUAAAGAAUUUAAUACAUAAAUGCACUUACAGACAAACGUAGUUAAAACAGCAUUUAAAACCAAGUUUCCACAAGGUGUCCAGCUUAGCAGAUAGUAGCAGCCACCCUCUGAUCCCAGUCUGAGAUGGAAGAUUAGACAGGUGAGUGAUCCCUCGGUCCGGAUAGGAGGGUCCACACAGAGAGUGGUUACCGCAUGCAGCCGUCGGGUCCUUGUAGAUCGAGUGUAUGGAAGAGGAACACUUAACGCGUUUCUGACCUUGUAGUCCUUCGUCAGAAGUGUAAGUUCCUCUCCCAUUAGAGCCUUACUUAUACCUCCCCAUACAACGAACACCUGUGUUUCAUUGAGAUGCCAUCCGUUAUUCGCGUCCUCUCACGCAUGCGCCGUUGGAUCCGGAAAUUGCCCGUGCGUUCCACAUCAGAACGGAUGUCCAUGGUGCGUUCCACCUCGGGCGGAAAUACGUCACUUGCGUUCCAUUUGCCCGGAAGUGCACUCCGUAGAUCGUGAGCAGGAAAAAAUGAAAGAAUAGGUCCAUUUGGAUGGCGUUUCUCAUAUAGGUGUCCAUAGAUAUAAAAUCCAAAGAUAGAGUCCAUAAUAUAAAAGCAAAAACACAAUAAUACCAAUAGUUAAAAACAUAUAAUAACCAUUAAUAUUGCAUAGUAAAGUGACUGUUCAAAAAAAAGUGCCAAAAAGUGCAAAUAGGAGAAAGAAGUGUAUAAAUAUACGCAUAUUAAGUGAGGAAACAUUUUAGUUCAAAAUCCCCGUUGAGGCCCUUUGGUACAAGGGUCCUCAAACGGUGGAUCCACCUCAUUUCUGCCCUAGAAAGCUUAUCCUCUAGACCCCUAUUUCUCCAUGAUGGUAGUAUUUGUUGUAUUCCUAUGAAAUUCUUCAGAUGGCAUUCAUUUGAACUAUGAGAAUUUUUAAAAUGAGCCGAAACUGUAUGGGUUUCAAGACCCUUACGUAUAUUGUAUACGUGUUCGGCCAUUCUCACUUUAAGGCACCUUGUAGUCUUCCCUACAUAAAAUAGGCCACAAGCACACUCCAAACAAUAAAUGACAUUUUUGGAAUGGCAAGUGAUAAAUUCACUGAUUGGAAAGACCUGGUUGUUUACAGUAAAAUUAACCUGUUUACGUUGUUUGUCCUUCACAGUUUUACACAUUAGACAGUCUCCACAUUUGUGGAAACCCUUGGUUCUAAUGCUUUGUCGGAUUUCUGGUUCUAUGCUGCUUUUUACAAGGUGAUCCUUCAAAGCUGGUGCCUUUCUGUAUAUGAAGGACGGUUUGUCCGGUAUGUGUUGGCCCAGGACCGUAUCCAACUUCAAGAUUUUCCAAUUCUUUUUGAUAAUUCGUUCAAUGUCCCUAUGGCAUGAAUUAUAUUGUGUGAUGAAAGCCCACUGAGAUCUGUCAUUAAUGGAUGGUGGCUUCUCCUUAAUUUCUAACAAAUUUUUUUUUUUUUUUUUUUUUCUAUCUACUUUGUCUAUUCGAUUCCUAGCCUUACUAAGAAUCUCUUUGGAGUAACCCUUUGUCUCAAAACGCUCAGUCAAUUCAUCUAGUUGUUCUUCACAUAUAUUCGGUUCUGUACAAUUUCUUUUUAUCCUAGAAAAUUGUCCAAAAGGGAUUCCAUCCAACCAAUUUUUGUGAUGUUGACUAGUUCUUUCGAUAAAGUUAUUGCAAUCAGUCGGUUUCCGAUAAGUCAUCGUUUGUAGGGAGCCUUCUUUAACAUAAAUACUAAGAUCUAAAAAGCAUAUUUUCUCUUUACUUAGAUUAAAAGUUAAAUUAAUAGAUAAAAUAUUCGAAUUGAGACCAGUACAAAAAACAUCCAAUGAUUUUUCAUCUCCACUCCAUAUAAAGAAAAUGUCAUCUAUAAAAUGAUGCCAGGACACCAGGUUCGCCACCAGACUGCCAUCUGUCCAGAUUGUAUGUUCCUCCCAGUACGCCAUAAAUAAAUUGGCGUAACUGGGAGCGAACCUGGUGCCCAUGGCCGUUCCUACCAUCUGAAGAUAAAAGGACCCAUCAUAAUAAAAAUAAUUAUUUACAAGGAUAAACUUUAUACUAUCGAUGAUAAAGUGCUUUAGUGCUUCAUCCAUAUCACUUUUAUCUAAAAAAUAGGUGACAGCAGUGAUACCCUUAUCUAAAUCGAUUAUGGUGUAUAAGGUUUUUACAUCUGCACUGCAGAGAAAAUUAUUCUCCUUCCAGUUGGUAUCAGCUAGUUUGCGUAAGAUAUCCCCUGUAUCUUUUAGGUAGGCCCUCGUUGUCUGUACCAAUGGCUAUUCCCUGCAGCCUAACCCUGAACCUCCCAAGGGGUGCCUAACCCUAAAGAACCACAGCCUAAACCUAACCCUCCCUGCCCCGCAGCCUAACCCUCCCCAGGGGUGCCUUCCUUAACCUCCCCCCAACCACAGCCUAACCCUAACCCUCCCUCCCCGCUGCUAAAACCUUACCUCCCCCCUGCUGCUUACCUCUCCGGCACCCCGUGACAUCAGUGUCAAUAGUGAUCAAUGUCGGGAUCCAGGCCUGGCAUUCGGAUGUAGUGUCAGGAUUCCGGGGUCCGUAUUUUGACUGCUGGGAUCCUGACCGGAAGCAAGGCUAGCAGGAAAGCCUAAUAAAUGUUGUUUGCCCAAUAGAUCUUAAGCUAGGUUUACCAGAAGUCUGGGGUUCAUACAGUAUUUUCCUGGAAUGCAAAGUGUAUAUGUCCUGUAGCAGAGACGUGGACAUGUGAGCCCUAUGUGGUAGCAAUUUACAUACAAAGUCAUUUAAUGGACAGAUAUUGCACUCAUUACUGCCAUCUACUGGACAGAUAUGAGAAUGAGUAGACAUAUUGUAGCUGGGCAAGGUAUUACUUUUCUAAAGCUGUUAAUAAGGCGCUCUUCUAUUAGAACUCGUAAGUAUGAUUAGUGGGAACCGUAAUUUUUGCUACUUUUGAAGUGGUGAGAUGUAACAGAAGUGUGUAUAUCCUACACAAAGCUUUAAUGUUGUUUGGUAUUGGCUUAUGUAUUGGUAAAAAGUAUCAGGCCUAAAUAAAAUGUGACACAGGGUAAAGUGCUAACAAAGAAGUCAUUGUAAAAUGUUUACCUGUUUAAUCUGUGUAUUCAAGAAUGGAAACGACACAAGUACUGUAAUCUGUCUAUUGAAAGAAAAAUAAAUAAAGCUUAUAACUUUA